UGGUCGAGUCGUCGACGCCCGCCGGCGUGAAGCGAACCAUGUCCUCCAGCCGUCAGCGCGUCCGCGCUGUGUCUCCUGGUCAUCCAUCGGUGGCCAUUCAGGUGCUGGACGUUCUCAACGCGGCCUACAUUCCGACAGUCAUCUACCUGGGACUCGUCGGUAACGUCCUCUCCCUCAUCACCUUCCUCUUCACGAAGCUCAGGAGCCGCACGUCCAGUCUGUACAUGGGGGCACUGGCCGUGUCCGACUCGGGCUUUCUCAUCGUACUCUCAUUUGCCUGGCUCAACGAACGCGGCAUCAACGUGUACCGGCACGGGCUCUGCCUCGUCACCGUAUUCUUCACCUCUGUCUUCGCCUGCUGGUCCGUGUGGCUCACGGUGAGCUUUACGGCCGAGAGGUUCGUCGCAGUGCGCUACCCUCUCUGGAAGCUGAACGACAGUUCUCCCAGCAGGAGGCCACGCCUCGUCAUUUGCGCCACUGCGUUUCUCAGCUUGACGCUCAACGCUCCCUUGUUGCUCUUCGUGCGAGUUGGCGACGGAGAGUUCUCCGAUUGCAGCCUUCACCCCACGUAUGAGAGCGCGCUGUUCUACCUGAACAUCCUGGACACGGUGAUUACAUUCAUCGUGCCAUUUCUGCUGAUCACGUUCAUGAAUUUCAUGAUUGCCCGGGCCAUAUACCUGUUCUACCUUCGUUACAAGAAGCAGCCUGGUGUAUCUGAUAUCUCGAUGGAGUGCCAGGAUUUCACUUCUUCGGCACGUAGGCUAAACAGUGACACGGUGGUCUCCAAUGAUGCUACAGUAACGGCGACAAGCGGAGGAGGAAUAGCUCAUGCCACUCAGAUCAGUAUCACGCGCAUGCUCCUGCUGGUGUCCACAGUCUUCAUUCUUCUCAACCUCCCGAGCUACGUCAUGAGAAUCUACGUGUUCCUGCUGUCUCUGGGACACUCGGAGCUUCAGGACGCCGAACACAACUCCCUGCCCUACGUGCUGCAGCGCUACUUCAUGCUGCUGUACUACACCAACUUCGCCAUGAACUUCGUCCUCUACAGCACCAGUUCUCGGAUGUUCCGGGUAGCGCUGUGCGAGUACAUGCAAGGCAGGUGGCUCGCGCUGCGCGAGUCUAUGGCCGGCAUGAGAUCCAGCCUCGGCCGCUCUAUGACUACUCAGCACGAAGACGUGAUCAUCUGAACAUUCCUGCAUCACUAUGCAAUGAGGCCACAUUCACUCAUUCCUGCAGCUGUGCGUAAAACAUGGCUGCAACGUGGGAUGAUCAAAGGGUUAGAAAUAGACGGAAGGACUGGGAGGUUA